CCCGUUUCACGUGGCGCUGUGGACUCUUGCCGGUGUUGGAAUAAUCGGCAGCGUCCUCGUCAUCAUCUGGCGUUGCACGCGACGAAAUCAAGCCAAAUUCCAUCUCAACUCCGUCAUGGUCGUCUGCCUUGCCAUCUCAAACAUUCUCUUCUGCACUCACUACCUACUACGCGAAGUCAUGCUCAUCGAACCCGUCUUCAGACACAACGGCAGCAACAGCUACGCUUUCGAGGAUAACGACACUGGCAUGUGUACGGCCAUCAACUUCCUCACGUACGCGUCGUGCAUCAGCCUAUCGUCGACAUCAGUUGCCAUCGCGUUGCACACGUUCCUGUCCCUGUGCGGAGCAGCAUGGAGAAAGACUCUGUCCGUCACUAUUUUGCUAACCGGCUGGUUUGUCUCGCUGGCCGUGGCCACGUUUACUACGUACGAGCUGGGCAAAAACGGAGAUGAAUUCUCGUUGAAAGAAAUGUCGGUCGAGGAGUUCUCUCUCACAAUCAUUUUCGGUUGUGUCGGCGGAAGACGGUUGCUGAUCUUUCCGGUCGUCGUAACUGCCGUCAACGCCCUCUGCGCGACGUUUUGCUGUAUGCUGUACGUCGCGACGUUCUGCAAGAUCAGAGAGAUCACGAAGUCGUGGAGAACGUACACGACAAGCGGCAGUGACAGAAGAAGUCACGUGAUCUUGCUGAUUCGGUUGGUAGUCAUGGUCGUUCUCAAUCUGAUCUGGUGGUGGCCAGCCUGUGUUCUCUACUGGCUUUCCUACUUCUCGAACAGAUCUCAGCUUUUGGAAGAUUCUGACCUCAAAAUAGUUGAGUUUUCAUUGAUAUCAACGGUCGUUGUAAGUGUUUUGAAUCCCAUUAUCUACACGGUCGCAUCGGAACCUUUCACUAGAUCGGUGAAGCGGUUCCUUGCAUGUUUCGACGAAACCGACACGACCAACGAAAUGACCUCGGUGACGUCGGAUGACAACAAGCCAGACAAGAGCAUUAGUCUAGUGUCUACAACCCGAGGACAAUGCAGUUAAAGUGAUCGAAAGUGCUGUGGCAUGCAUGCAUCUGUAGAAACUGCAAAAGACGAUUUCACUUGCCGUUAGCUCAUUCAGCAGAGUUUGUAGAUAAACGUCUGUAGUGCAUGCCUAGAGUGCUCGUUGUAAUAAACAAAUGUA